AUAGCAACGCCUGCUGCCCAGUUAUACGGCAAAGACUAGAGUGUUGAAUCCGUUUUAAGUUUAAAAGUUUUGGUCUUUCAUCGAAGCGAAAGCAACGCGAACUCUUUUAGUUUAGUAGUUGCGAAUGUGAACACGUCUACGUUGUCGAAUUUUCAAGAGGACUCAACACUUAAAGAAGAUUCAACCCCAUUGUAGAUGGUUUGGUUUGAGAGGUACCCUACACCUGUCAAAGAAGAGCAAAGAUGAGCAAACCACAGAGCCACAGGAGGCUCUCAUCCACUAUGAUGUACCACCUGAGAGCAUCUAAGCCAGAGUCUGAGAGGGACUCCGGUUUCUCAGAUGCCUGCGAUGGAUACCUGAGUGCGAUGGACCAAACUGACUCUGAGGACAUGGUGAGGGCUCCAGGUCCCCAGGUGGCUGUAAGCGGAGGAUCCUACUCUGGCCUCUCCCCCAUGAUCAUCAUGAACAACAUAGUCCUGAAUCUGUUAUGGUUGCAUGACUUCAGCCCCUGGGACUUAGGCCUUGGCUCACUCAUGGUGGAUUCUGAGUUUGUGAUGAGGGUGCCCCCUCUGGAUGGGAGGGAUAUGGAGCUGGAUGUGCUGGGCUUCCUGGACUCUCUGGGAGAGGACAACACCACAGCAGCCGAGAGGUGCUACCGCUCCCACUCCCGCAGCAGUGUCCUGCAGGGCCUGCCUUUUGGAGGGGUGCCCACGGUCCUCGCCAUCAAUGUUGGCCUGUGGCUGUUUUUUUUGCUGAUCUUUUCCUUUUUGAGGAAGGCUGCAUGGGACUAUGGCCGUCUGGCUCUAUUGAUGGAGAAUGACAGCCUCACGUCCCUGUUCUACGGAGAGCAGAGUGAGAAGGAGAAGUCCCCGUCAGAGUCCAGCCCGUCAGACUCCGACACCAAGGACUUGGGCUUCUGCUCUUGGCUUACAACACUUUACCAUAUGAAGGAUGAUGAGAUCAGGAGUAAGUGUGGUGUCGAUGCUACGACCUACCUGUCCUUCCAGCGCCACAUCAUCCUGCUCAUGACUGUGGUCUGCCUGCUGUCUUUGGCCAUCAUCCUGCCUGUCAACUUUUCCGGAAACCUCCUAGGGGAUAAUCCUGAAAAUUUUGGAAGAACGACUGUGGCUAAUCUUCCUGCGAAGGACAGCUUCCUGUGGCUCCACAGUAUCUUUGCUCUGCUCUACUUCAUCAUCACAGUGCUGUGUAUGGCCCACCACUCCUCACGCCUGGAGUACAGAGAGGACGAGAAGGUGGCCAGGACUCUCAUGAUCACCUGCAUCCCCAGAGAGAUCUCAGACCCAGGCCUCAUCACCAAACACUUCCAUGAGGCCUACCCCAGCUGUACUGUCAUCGACCUCCGCUUCUGCUUCAACGUACACAAACUGAUGAGGCUGGACUCUGAGAGACGGAAGGCGAUGAAAGGAAGGCUGUAUUUUGCCACUAUGUCCCAGAAGGAGGGGAAGAUCAUGAUUAAGACCCACCCCUGUUCUACCAUCUUCUGCUGUGACGUGUGUGGCUUUGAGCAGGUGGAUGCAGAGCAGUACUACAGUGAGUUAGAGGAGAAACUGACUGAUGAGUUUAAUGCAGAGAAGCAUCGCAUCUCGCUCAUGAGGCUGGGCAUAGCCUUUGUGACCUUUCGGGAUGAAAGGAUGACUGAUGUUAUUGUCAAGGACUAUAGCCGGGUCCGUUGCCGUCAGAAACCCCAGCAGUCAAGCAUCACCACGGUAGUUCAGUCUCACAGGUGGGGUGUAGACUACGCCCCGGCACCAAGUGACAUCAUCUGGGAGAACCUCUCAGUGUGUGGCUCCCGCUGGUGGCUCCGCUGCGUCCUGCUCAACAUCCUCCUCUUCCUCAUCCUCUUCUUCCUCACCACUCCCGCCAUCAUCGUCAACACCAUGGACAAGUUCAACGUCACCCGGCCUGUGGACAGCCUGAGAAGCCCGAUCAUCACUCAGUUCUUCCCUACUCUCUUGCUCUGGGCGUUCUCUGUCCUGCUGCCCUUCAUAGUCUAUUACUCAGCCUUCUUCGAGUGUCACUGGACCAGAUCCAGUGAGAACCAGAUCACCAUGCACAAGUGCUUUGUGCUGCUGGUGUUCAUGGUGAUCAUCCUGCCCUCGCUGGGUCUCUCCAGUCUGGAUCUGUUCUUCAGGUGGCUGUUUGAUGUCAACUUCCUGGAAGACAAGGAUGUUAAAUUGGAGUGUGUGUUCCUGCCUGAUAACGGCGCGUUCUUCGUGAACUACGUGAUCACGUCCAGCCUGAUCGGCACGGCCAUGGAGCUGCUGCGUAUCCCAGCUCUGAUGGUGUAUGCUCUGCGUCUCUGUUUGGCCAAGCCCGGGGCCGAGCGCAUCCACGUCAAACGGAGCCAGGCCUAUGAGUUCCAGUUUGGUCUGGAGUACGCCUGGACCAUGUGCAUCUAUGCUGUUAGCAUGACUUACAGUAUCACCUGUCCCAUCAUCAUGCCCUUUGGGCUGCUCUACCUGAUCCUGAAACACAUGGUGGACCGUUACAACAUCUACUAUGCCUACGUGCCCACCAACCUCAACCAGCGCAUCCACACUGCAGCCAUCAGCCAGGUCAUCGUGGCGCCCAUCCUCUGCAUGUUCUGGCUCCUGUUCUUCUCUGUGCUCAGGCUGGGCCCAAUGCAUCCCAUCACCCUCUUCACCUUUGUGUCGCUGGUCUCCUGCCUUGUCUUCUCCCUCUUUGGCCUAUGCCUUAGGAAACAGCCUGACAAGUCAUCAAGCUACCAGAUGUUUGACCAGAUGUCUGCUGACCAGCCAGCAGAAGGUGCCUUCGCUGAUGCAGAGAGAAGCUCCACCCCCUCCACCACCCCCUCCAAUCUGUUUGUGGCAUCUGUGUUGCUGGAGCCGGAGCUAGGCCUGACCCCCAUGCCCUCCCCUGCUCACCAGAGCUACGGGACCAUGGCCAGCUCCCAGGACCGGGAGGAGCAAGAGGAGGAGGAAGACCAGGUUGAGACUGUCGAGACAGAGCUCCAGGACCCUCCAAACCCCUGUUACUCCAGCCCCCUCAUGGACAGCCCAGUGGGCUACCAGUGACUCACCCCCCUUCCCUAACCUCCAUACCUUCUCCUAUUUAUAAGAGAGAAAGAUGUGUUUUUUUUUUAAAGCCUUGUUUUACCCUCUUCCACAUCCAAGCCCCUCUGACUGGACCAUGUGUGUGAGGGACCCUUUUGGAUUUUGUCUUUGGAGGUUGUUUGGAACCAAAGGCUGAAAUAGGUUCUUCCCCAGCCCAGUGGCGGGGAUGUGGGGGCUUCAUCUUAAAGCUGUCAUCAUAAAUAAACAAUACGGAGGAUACUUCAAACAAAAGGUCAUCUGUAGUUUUCUGACUACUUCAUGUCUCCCUUUUUUCCUCUCUAUAAGUGAAUGAACUUUACCAUACUGUAUGUGACCUGACUGGGAGUGACUGUGUAGCGAAGAAGGACACUAUCUUUGUGUGCCACUGGGAAAGGAGUAGGGAUGAAUUUCACCAGUUCAGGGGGUUUUAACCCAAUGACCCUACUAGACAGAGUGGUCUUGGCUCUGGGGGACCUGGCUCUGGUGUGGUAGAGCUCUGCGAGGCAGGGUAGCGGGUCGGGAUCGAGCCAUCUGCAGUGAGAGAACAGGACAGACGGAGGGAAGGCAGAGUGGAACUCCGAGCUCUAACACCCUAUGGAGGAGAAGGUGCAACGGGUCUGAUACUAUUGCAUUUAUUGUCAAGGUUCUUGUUUUUGCCCUUCUGUACUGUCAGUUGUAUGGGAUAUUAUUGUGCUGAGGGGCGGGCUGUGUGUAUUGUUUAAUAACAAUUUAUGUAUAGUGCCAUCCCUUUUAUUGUUUAUCAAUGACUGUUAUUAUGAAGAGAACAUAGUUGUGUUCAGUUGGAGGAAAUGGGGAAAAAAAGAUUUCAGAACAGAAAACAAAAAGGAGUACUCUUAUUGGACAAGUUCAGGUAGAACCAGAACAUUAUCUCCAAUUUACUUGGGUUUUAAAACGUUGUGCGUAAAGGUCCGGCCGCAAAAAUAGUCUUGAAAAGAUACUAGUAGUACCCUAUUGCAUCAUGGUUUCAGUAGUCCAAACCAGUCGCCCGCUCCACUGCAUGUUGCGAACGUACACAUUGUUAUACUCCAUGUCCACCCAUCAAACUGAAGACUCGGCUGAUCUCACUGUUUGACUCAGUCAUACAGUAACCAUUGCUAGUUUUGUAUUGCGAGUGUUUUGCUGCUCGAGGGAGAGGUUUCCAUGCCAAACUGAAUGGAAACUGAUUGAUUGUGGUUUGUAAUUGUGUUCUCUUGCUGUGCCUUGAAGAAAAACUCACUAUGUUGCAUGGACUGAACUGAAGAGCAGGGAAAAGCGGGAGACAGACUCAAAACAAACACGCAUACUGUAUGUACACAUUCUGGCCAUAGUUCUAUUCAACGCAAUGGAUAGCUAUUAUCCUAGUCCCUACUUUGUGUGAGCAGCCAUCUUCCUAUGUAUUGUGUGUCAUACAGUUCCUUCAACCAAUAGACAAGCAGCAGACCUGGGUUCAAUACAUUACAUGCAUGUAAGUAUUUAGUAAAAGUCUUAUUUUCUGUGUUUGAGUAUUUUCUAAUGUAGCAGAAUUUAACUACAUAUAUUUGAAGUAUUAGAAAGUAUUUUCUUUGUUAGUUUCCUCUAAAUAUCGUACUAUUUUCAAAUGCUUAUUUCCAAAUACAUUUAUUUCAACAACAAAAAAUGUAAACCUACAGGACAAGGUUCGAAUGCAUGGAGUAUUUAAAUGCACUUGUCUGUGUAUUUAAGGAUUUUCAAGUACAUGCCAAUACUUCCAAAUACAUUAUAAUAUUGAACUACUUAUUUUCAAGGAAAACACAUCAACAUACUUGCUUCAAAAUGUCUUUGAAAGUAAUUGAAAUGGUAUUUGAACCCAGGUCUGACGAGCAGUGUGCUCCACAGACCACUGAGCUAAUGAUGUUGACUCAUGUGCAGACUGUAUUUGCUAGUCUGAUGGGGUUUUUCAAUGGAAGCAUUUGGAUUGUGGCUUAAGGUGCCUUGUUGUCGGUGUCUUUGCCGUUUCUAACUGCUGUAUUCUGUGAUCAUAUAUUCAUGCUCUUUGUAGAUGAUAUAAUGGGAUUCGAAAGAUGAUUCUGUCUUUUCCCUUCCUAUGAUUUGAUGAUUACCUGUAGUUACAGUACCCGUCAAGUUUGGACACACCUACUCAUUCAAGAGUUUUUCUUUGUUUUUAUUAUUUUCUACAUUGUAGAAUAAUAGUGAAGACAUAAAAA